AUGUCUCCACCACUGAGGGUACACAUGUACGACCGACUGUGGGCAUCUCAUGGUCUCGUCCGCUAUGGCGUUGCACCAGAUCACCCAGAGGUCAAGAAUUGCGCGAACAAAUUCGAUGCUACUGCAACUGACCCGCGUUUUCGUUUCUUUGGAAACGGAAACGUGUCACUGGACAUUGCACGUAUUCUUCUGACUUCCCCCUCUGUACUUCGUCAAUAUGAUGUACCAGAGCAUGUUCUCGAAGUUCUCUCCCACUCUACCGUCAAGCAUGUCUCCAUAGUUGGAAGAUGGGGACCUCUGGAGGCUGCAUUCACCACUAAAGAGCUUCGGGAGAUGAUCAAUCUUCCAGAGGCAUCGUGUCGCAUUAACACGCCAGCAGCGGCGCACGCUCGAGCUACUCCAGAAGGGAUCCAAGAAUCAAUCAGGAUUGACGCCCAAAUCCUGUGCUUCAGCGUUAGAAUCAAAGAUGGCAUGGUCAUCCAAUAUGAUGACUGGAAAGUCAUCGAAAAUGAGGAAGUUUGCAGGGGCGGAGCCCUGGGAAAGGAGCGGGAGAGAAUGGGCUGGGACGAGACCUUGUCGUUUAUCACUCUCUCGCGCACGCGGCCGUGAUACGCUAAUCGUGUCGGCGGUGCCUAUGCAGGUGGGGGCUUAACAUUACUAAUUUAUAUUGGCAUAUCCAUCAAAUGCUCG